AUCAUGGAAGCUGGUAAAGACAACGCAGAGCAAGCGGGUGAAGAGUACUCACCAGAGAAAGAAGUCACGACAAGUGAACAAAACAUGGGAUUACUUCAUGAAAUUAUGAGGGAAAACCACGAGCUAGAGGAGGAGAUAAAAAAGCUUGAAGCCGAGUUACACGCGAACACCAGAGAAUUCCAGAUUAAAGAGAAUAUACCAGAAAGAAAGCUUAAAUUCACCUCAGUGGAGAGUCCUGAGGACGGCGGCCAGCUCUCAGAUAGCUCCUGUUCAUUUCAAGUGAGCUCACAAAUUAUUUAUGUGCUGCAGAAGGGACAAGCACUUGUUACCUUUGAGAAGGAAGAAGUUGCACAGAAUGUGAUAACGAUGAGGAGGCAUGUUGUGAAGAUAGAAGAUGCCUCUGUGGAGGUCACUGCACAUCCGGUCCCACUGACCACAGGAGUCCGAUUCCAGGUUCAUGUGGACAUUUCUAAAAUGAAGAUCAAUGUUACGGGGAUUCCCAAUGACCUGCCUGAGGAGCAGACCAGAGACAAGCUGGAGCUGAGCUUUUGUAAGUCCAAGAAUGGAGGUGGAGAAGUGGAAAGUGUGGACUAUGACAAGAGGUCAAGAAGCGCUGUCAUCACAUUUGUGGAGGCUGGAGUUGCUGACAGGAUUUUGAAAAAGAAAGACUACCCUGUUUUCAUGAAUCAAAGUUGCUAUAGAGUUACUGUUUCUCCAUUUAUUGAGCGACGCUUGGAAAAAUAUCAGGUGUUUUCAGCCGUAUCCAAGAAGACAGUGCUCCUGACUGGAUUAGAAGGCGUUCAGAUAGACGAAGAGACGGGGGAGGAUUUACUCAACAUUCACUUCCAGCGAAAGAAUAACGGGGGUGGAGAAGUAGACGCCAUCAAGUGCUCUCUAGAUCAGACCUGCAUAGCGUAUUUUGAGUAACAGGCCAGAGAAAGCGUAUGAAGCUAAUAGCUUUGAGCCCAAAUCACUGUAAACAUUUACAAAAUACUGUUUUCCUUAAAAAAAAAAAAAAGAACUUUAAUUUGUCAUUGUCUUCUUGUUCUUCGAUGCAAAAAUCUA